AUGUGGUGUUUGGGUGUCUCUGGUGUAUGGCUCGAACCGAACUCCUUCAUCUCAGCUCCAGCAACCACAGCAUACAGCAUGGGAGAUACUGUGCACAAGCGACCUGCGCCAGAGGAACAACCCGAGGCCAAAAAGCUCAAGCUGGAGACGGGACAAGAUGCGUCAACAGCCAAGAGUUCCACUUUGGAGUCCUCAACACCCUCGAAUCUGAAUACCAAUUCCGGAACCAGUAAACCGGUCUUAAAGAGAAAGUCUGCCGAUGAAACAGAUAAAAAAACGGUCAGUUCUGAUGCAACCCCUGCUACUCCAGCCAAUUCCGUAUCUUCCUCUAAUAACGCCAACGAAACCCCAACCGCACCUAAUACCAGAUUGAGUUCUCCACAGCAUGUUUUCGGGGCCACUAGUUCGUUUGGAAAUAACGCUUCUUUCUCGAAAAGCUCGGUGGUUAUGGGGAAAAGUAGCGACAACAAUUCUGGAAAACAUGUCUUUGGCGCGACAAGUUCUUUCGGGACAAGUAUUGAAGAUAUAAAGAAACGUCCUAAUGUAUUUGAAUCUUUACCAUCCAAACUCAAUGACAAAUCCGAUACACCCAAGCUCACGUCUUCGUUCGGAGCCAACUCCAAAUUUGGCAAUGCGUUCCAGGAGUCCCUCAACAAGAAAUCAUUUCUCGAAGAUGCAUCCAGGGAAAAGUCCGAAGAAAGUGAGAACGACAGAUCCGAAACCCCUCAGCAAUUCAAGCAGGUUGAGUUAUCACCAGUGGACAACAAAACUGGUGAAGAAGACGAGCGGACCAUAUUUACGUGCACAGCUAAACUCUUCGAGUUGGAUCUCACCAAGAUCAGCGAGGGAUGGAAGGAACGCGGUUUGGGCCCAUUGCAUCUCAACCAAAGCAUUUCCAGUCCCAAGCAGACCAGAUUGGUGAUGCGGUCACAGGGCUUGUUGAGAGUAAUCCUCAACAUGAAAAUCAGCGAGAACACAAAACUAUUGAAAGGGCUCGAAGCCAGUAUGUCCCCAGGAAAGUUUUUGAGGGUCAACUCGGUGAAUGCCGAGGGCAAGCCAGUUCAGCAUCUCUUGAAGUUUGGCAGUGAGGAGCUUCGAAAUGGUUUAUAUGACGAUGUGGAGAAGUUGAAAGGGGAGAAGGAAAAAGACAAAGGGGACAAGGAUAAAGAGAAAAAAGACGCAACGAAAUAG